UAAAAAUAAAAAAUUGAAGGCAGUUACAAGUUGGCCAACUGAUCAUGCCUUUUUCACCUUGAAGUCAAGAGAUAAUAAAGAGCAUCUAAAAUCUUGUAUCACAAGAUAACUAAAAGCGCCAACUUUCAUUAGCCCACUCUUCCUUGUAUCUUCCUCCACCAAAAGCACAACCUAAACUGAAAAGACCCCAUCAGCAAUGGAUCCACCACCUCUUCUACCCCUGCCCACCGCCGCCGCCACUGCCACCAACAUCCAAGCGAACUACCCCGACUCAGUCGACUCCUCCCCGCGCUCCCGCAACGCAGAAACCAGCUGGCUCGACGAGCCUCUCCCCCCUGUCCCAGGUGCCAAGCUCCGACUCAUGUGCAGCUACGGCGGCCACAUCAUCCCCCGCCCCCACAACAAAUCCCUCUGCUACGUGGGCGGUGAGACCCGCAUCGUCGUCGUCGACCGCCACUCCUCCCUCUCCGACCUCUGCUCUCGCCUCUCCCACACCCUCCUCAGCGGCCGACCCUUCACGCUCAAGUACCAGCUUCCCCACGAAGAUAUGGAUUCUCUCAUAUCCGUCUCCACCGGCGAAGACCUGGAGAACAUGAUCGAUGAGUAUGACCGUACGACCUCAGGCAAUGACUUGAAACCCACUUCACGUCUGCGUUUGUUUCUCUUUUUCUCCAAGCCUGAGACUGCAGCCUCCAUGGGAUCACUCCUCGACGAUGCCAAGUCGGAGACGUGGUUCGUCGACGCGCUCAACCAUGCUGGGUUAAUUCCUAGAGGGCUGUCUGAUUCAGCUACCGGAUGCAUGUUAAAUCUUGAUGGGGUUCGCGGCAGUGAUUCUUGCAAUGAUUUGGAGGCUCAGGCAGCUGAUGAUUCUUUGGGUCAUAAUAACAAGCAGGUGAGGCACAAUGUUCAUGAUGUGCAUUCGAUGCCUGACUCGCCUAUGGUGGAGAAAAAUUCAUCAUAUGGGUCAUCUUCUUCGUCGCCUUCGAUGUCUAACCUGCCUCCUAUUCGUGUUCGUGUUGAGGAUCAGAAGGUUGGCAUGGAGGAACAGUUUGCACAGAUAAGUUUUGCGCCAAGUGGGUUGAAGCAAGACGAUUCGUUUGGUGUUUUGUCUGCUCCUCCUCCUCCACUUCCUACAGUUGUGGCUUCUGCAAGUACUGUGGCGUCAACAGUUUCUAAUGAGACGGCGAAUCGGGUUUCCUCCGAUGAUGAGAGAUCGGAUCAGGGGGUUCCGGUUGGGUUUCGAAAGCCUCCAUUGCCGCUGCAGCCAGUGCAUAUGAAGGCUUGUGGAGGUAAUAGUUUGCCUUCGCCGGAUUCGGUAGCCAGCGAUAGCAGCAUAGCAUCUGCAAGCUCUGUCUCGAAACCCAUGUCCUAUCAAGAACAAGUUCAUGCUGCCCAUAGAGACAACAGAGCCUCUAAUAGCCCAAGUACAAAGAAUGAGAUUCCUGAUUCAAGUUCCCAAACCCAACAGCAACAAGUUCAGGAUUCUGGCUACAUGUUUCCUCCCCAGAUGGAUCAACAGCAGCAACAACAGUUUCUUCAUGCCAGCGCACAUUAUAUGCCAGCUCCCAUGUCAUCUUACUUCCAAGUGUAUGCUCCAUCAUCACAGCAGCAGCAGCAGCUUUAUCACCCAUCCGAUCAGCAAUAUUCUGUCUAUCUAAUGCCCUCCGUUGGGCAGGCGCCACAAUCAUACAACAUGUCUAUGCAAUCUAACAUAGCUGACCAGACAACUCCACAUCCUGCCAUUGUUUCUGCCUCUGGAGCUUACAAGGAUGCAAUUCCACCCAUAUACCCCACAAAGACAACUGCCCCUGCUAAGCCGGAAAUGGCUUCUGGUAUAUACCGAACAGCCGUCGCAUCAAAUCCACAAUUUGUUCAAGUCCCAUCAAGGCAGUUUCAGCAACAGUAUGCGGGGUUUCAUCCAUCUCAGUCUAUAGCUGUUGCCUCAUCUGGGAAUUAUGGUUUUGAAUACACCAACAAUCCAAAUCAUGAGCAAGUGUACUACACUCACCAAGCUGCUCCAUUGCCUUCUCAAUACCAAACCAUGACAGCAGCAGCUGCUAUAGCAUUAUCAGAUGCUUCAAAACAGCUGCCUACAGAAUCUCUGCAGCAGAUCAGAACCUCACAGCCACUCUAAUUCAACUAGGCAAAUAAAUGUAAAAUUUUGGAAGGGAUAAUAAGCCUAUUUUGUGUUGCUCAUCUGUGAGGCAGAUAAUAAGGGACCAGGUAAUCUCCUUCAUUCUUCCAUGUAGCCAUUCUCGUGGGAAAUGAAGGUGGUUGAUGCAUCAGAUCAUAUGGUAAAAAUCUUGUGUUUAUAUGGUCAAUGAUCCAUGUAUAACUAACAGAGUCAUGUUACCAUAAUUAAGGCAAGGUCCAGGUUUUCAAUUGAA